AUGAGCAUCGUCAUGGCAUCCGCAUCGAUAAAGACGAGCGAGCUGUUGCGCUGGCAGCCAUGGCUUGCAGAACACAAUAUCGCUGGUUUUGAGCUUAAGGGCUGGAUCACCCUCAUCGCAUUGUUACUUCCCCUACUAUGCGUCUUCGCUUUCAGAAAGUACCGCAAGAUGCAAUACCAGAACAAGAAGCCGUUCCGAUUUCUGGACCUACCACAAGAGCUGCGGGAUAUGGUGUACGAGCAUUUCCUUGACGAUCCCAUCUACCCACCACCAGCGCGCAACGAAAUCCAGCGCUCAACGCUGAACUGGAUGCGACCCGCGCGCUGGACAUCCACAUCCACAUCAUCGCCUGUGCGACACGAGAGUAAAUGGAUAUUCCUAGCGAACAAGCAAGUCUACUCAGAAUACAUGGACAUGAUCUGCAAGCGCAAGACCUUCCACUUCAGCGUCACGCCCCAGACAUACAAGCCCGCCACAACCAUCCCUCCAUCUGCAUUCCCAGCGCCAUCAACACAGGACAACCGGGUAUGGAACAUCUCGCCCGACCUGCUCUCCAAAGUGCAAAACUGCUCCCUCAAACUCGUCACAACAUCCUCCAUGCUCGGCGUCACAGACCCGCGCUCCAUGACAUCCUCAUCCUGGACGCUCGGCCGCCGCAUGCGCGAGCAACUCAAACACAUGUCCAACGUCAAGACCUUUACUCUCGACGCCAAAGCUCUCGGCGAUCCCCUCUGGAAUCCGCUUUGGAUCUGGUACCACGCUUCCCAGUCACUCAAGAUGCUCGGCACGGAGUACUCUGACACCGUGCCGCGGGGGCCACAGCUCACUGGCAUAACAUUCAGUUUGGAUACGUGGAGCCCGGGCGAGAACUACUUGAGGAGGGAUGAGGCGAGUGGUGGGCAGUGGGUGUGGUAUUGCAUGAAGAACCAUCUUAUUGGGAUGGAUAUGGGUGCGGACAUGACGGUGAGGGAGUUUUGCGCAAAGUUGUAUCAGGAGUGCAGUAUCUGUAGAGUGGAUGAGGAGGGGGAUACGACUGUGAUUUGA